UUUUUCUCUCGCUCCCUUCCAUAUCUCCAUCGGACUCUGUGCAUCGGAGUUACUGACAAGACAAAGCAACGGAAACUCCCACCCUUUUUUGCUCACCAGUUUUUUCGUGGCAAAUUCUCUUCAAAUCAAGAGCCCUAACAAAACCCUAAUUCCCUUCUUCCCCAAAUCCUCUCUCGCCAUAUCGCCAUGGACACUCUCCAAGCCGCUUACAGAGACGAAGACGACGAAGAAGACGAACCCGCCAACCUCACUCCCGCCAUUGACGAUCUCGCCACAACCGCCAACGACGCCUCCGAGCCUCCCGCCACCGCAACCGACGCGAUCCCCGAGGAGGCGACUCCGUCAGAGCACCAAAACGGCGUCGUCAAAACUGAUCCGGAGGCCUCCGACGACCUCUCGGAGUCCGUCAAGUCCCAAGACAACGAUGAUGAAGACGACGAAGAUCCACCGCCGAAGAAGCAGAAGCAGCUCUCUUCUUUGACGGACCAGGACCAGACUCCGUUGCCGCAGCCAAUUGGCGAUAACGACGGCGCCGCCGCGGCAGCAGCGUUGCCGGCUCCGGCGACGGUCGCGAAGAAGUCGAAGAAGAAGAAUAACAACGUGUGGGUCACGAAAUCGACGCGGAAGGGGAAGAAAAAGAAUAAGGCGAAUAACCACAAUGCCGCCACGGAGGACACGGUGAUGAUCGCUCCGGUGACGAGGUUCCCGGACAAGAGCGACGACACACCGGAGAUGAGAAUCUGCUUGUCGAAGGUCUACAAGGCGGAGAAAGUGGAAUUGAGUGAGGAUCGAUUGAGCGCGGGUAGUACCAAGGGUUACAGAAUGGUGAGAGCCACCAGAGGAGUUGUGGAAGGGGCUUGGUACUUCGAAAUUAGGGUUGAGAAUUUGGGGGAGACGGGGCAUACGAGGCUCGGAUGGUCGACGGAGAAAGGGGAUUUGCAGGCUCCGGUUGGAUACGACGGGAACAGUUUUGGGUACAGGGAUAUUGAUGGAAGUAAGGUUCAUAAGGCUUUGAGAGAGAAGUAUGGAGAAGAGGGAUAUAAGGAAGGUGAUGUUAUUGGUUUCUACAUUAAUUUGCCUGGUGGCGCAGCGUAUGCGCCCAGGGCGCCGGAGUUUCAUCUCUUCAAGGGACAGCGUUAUUGCACUACCGAGGCGAAGGAGGAUCCUCCUAAAGUAGUUCCUGGAAGUGAGAUAUCAUUUUUCAAGAAUGGAAUAUGGCAAGGGGUUGCUUUUAAGCAUCUUCCUGGUGGCCGCUACUACCCUGCUGCUUCGAUGUAUACUCUUCCCAAUCAACCAAAUUGUGUGGUCAAAUUCAAUUUUGGCCCUGACUUUGAAUUCUUUCCAGCAGACUUUGAUGGACGUCCAGCGCCUAGGCCCAUGAUUGAAGUUCCAUAUCAUGGCUUUGAAACCCGAACUGAAAAUGGAACGUCAAAUGAGAAGAAACCUUAGCCAACACCAUUCAACCUUCCUAAUUGCUUGGGAUAUGUAUCUGAGUUUUCAUUUGUUUUUUCAUUUAUUUGCGGGGUCAAGCUUAACUUAUAAAUUAAUUGAUGAACAGUUGUAAUCUUGGCUCUGUUUAGAGGAGAGAAAUUCCACAUGGGAAUUAUGAAGCCGUUCCAUGACCCUCAUGAUAUCUUGAUAAUUACUAAUGGAUAUUCUAGUUCUUUUCAUGUCACGUCUCUUUUUAAUUGUUAUAAAUUAAUUUCACUUUGGUCCUGAUCAAAAUUAAGUUUCUGUCAUAGUUGUCUCCACUCUCAUACUUUUCUACUGGUAUCAUAUACCAUUUUUUUUUUCAAGAGCUUGCACGCAUCAGGGCUAGCUGUUUCACAUAUGGUGCUUUGUCGUCUAUAAUUUACUUCUCUUCUUUGUUUUCUGUUGAGGGAUUCUAAUUGUUUCAACGUUCCUCUGCUGAAAUGCUUAAUGGUCAAUGCAGAUCAUCUGCAUAACUGCAAAUACUUUGGCCAUUGGCUAUGGAGGACGCAAUAUAAUGCACGUAUAGGAUCUCUCUGAGUCUCUCUCUCUCUCUGUCUCAUACAUGUACAUGCACAUACAUUAACAGUUAAUUCUUGCUCAGCUUCCAGUCUCCCAGGUUGUUAAAACAGGCAUGAUAAUGAUCAUGUCAAAUCAGGUUUUAUGACUCGUCCAUCAAGGGUUCACAACUUGAUGCUCAUCAAUGGGAAAAUGGAUGUCUAUUGAGAGUAAUGUACACUACCUUUUAACAUGUAUUUACGUCUGUAUCUUUCUCCUUUGUUAUCAGUUACUUAUCACACAGUUGUGUCUUUGGUGGCAACUUGUCAUUU